CCCCACGUACGUUGACAUUGACGUUCUUUUUGGCGGGGACGUGCGGACGGGAGCUGACUCAGCGGCUGACUUGGGUUACAAGCCACAGGCAGGUGGUUACACGCCACACCUCUAUCGCCAUAUUGCCCCGGCAACCAUCCACCAGCCCCAUCGCCCCGAUAAACAAACGCCGUGCAUCGCCAAUCUCAGCUACCGACUCGUUCCGGGUUAGGCCAGGCUCCGCAUCCUACCAACCCGCCGCCCAGAAUAAUAGUUGCUGGGCCGUGUCCGUGUCAGAGACGCCGUGUGUGCCUCUUCGACCUUCAACACGCAUUCACCCACCACAAGUCGUCGAGGCGGAGCGCUGCUCCUUAUACUACUUCCCAUCGCCCUUGUUCCCGUGUUUUUGCUGCGCGCGCGCAUCCGCAACCUCCUCAAUAUGGAUACUGCAGAGAACUCGACAUUCCGAGCCUCCAAGAUGAGCCGACUGCCCGCGCCGUCGACGCAGAUAGGGGGAGGACUCUCGGAAUGGAGCGAGUCGCAACACAACGCCCGCAUCCAAUCCUCUGUCCCCGCGCCGACGUCGUGGAAGGGCCUCAAGCGCGAGAUUCCUCAGCCCGCCGCCCAGUCCGAAGCCAAGCGCAAACCACUCGCCGACCGCGCACUCGAAUACCCAGUCAAGCCGUCACUCGCAACUGCCGCUCCUGCAGCUCGAUCAGCGGUCAAGGGCCAGACUUUAACAGGCAUAUCCGGUCUCAAACAACCCACAUCAUUCCAAUCACGCCAGCUAUCGACCACUUCCACAUCCUCGAGCAGCAGCUUCGCUAAAAGCGUUGGCCCCGGCCGACUUCCUCCCGUCGAUCGUCCCCAGACCUCGAGACAGAAUGGCCGACCCGCUCACGUCAGGUCAAAGAGCCAGGCUCCGAGGCCUCGGACUGCCCACGGCAUUCGUGAGCGCGAAGAGGAACGAUAUGAAGCAGCACCCGCCGGUAAUGCCUGGGAUGUUGAUGGACGCGUUGGCGACAUGGAGUCGCAGUUCAAGGAGCUGAAGGAGAUGGUCAACACCACACUCGGUGAGAGGAAAAGCCACGAAGACGCUCUUGGACUAGCCAAGACACGAGUCAAAGAGUUGGAGAACGACAGGGAAAAGCUUGAAAUGCGAAAUGAAUCCCUCAAAGAUGACCUCGACACAGCAAGGGAGGAGGGGCGACAAAUCAGACACGAAGUGGAAAAGCAAAAGUGGGAUCACACUCGGCAGAUGGAUGAUCUCGAACGGAAACACCGGGAAGCGCUGGACGACCUAUCUCGACAACACCGAUCAGCCGUAGACGGGCUAAGCCGAGAGCUGGAGCGUCUAAAAGAACAGGAAACGAGGGAGCACGAGCAGCGUGUCGAAGGGCUCACUCGCCAUUACCAGCAAGAGAUUGAAGACGAGCGGCAAAAGAAGGAUCGAGAGAUCCAGGAAUUGCGGACUCGAAUGGGCAAUGAGCACCAAGACAUGGGCGUGUCCAUGCAACGGAAGGAUCGGGAGCUCCAAGAAGUCAAGUCACAUCUCGAAGGCAUCCGAGGGGACCUUGAGAGGGAGCGAGCACUCAAGGGGAGUCUGCAAACCAAUAUUGCCGAGCUUUCUGCCGCCAACACCACCCUGGAGGCCAAGAUUAACUCUCUCCGAUCACAUGUCGAGUUCCUGGAGUCCGACAAUAAGGCACAGUCAGAUUCGUUUUCCAACAUGGAAUCCCGACUACAAGAAGCCCUGCGGGCUGCCGAACUAGCGCAAGAGAAGCUCAUCAAGGAGGAGACGGAACGACGAGUUCUCUUCAAUAAGUACCAGGAGCUCAAGGGCAACAUCCGAGUCAUGUGCCGAGUACGACCUGCACUAGGCAAUGGUGAGGGUGAGGAGGCCAACAUGUCUUUCCCCGAUGAGAAGACCUCGUCCGAGAUUGUUCUUGCUGGACCCGAGGAGAGGAGCAGCUUAGGCAACGUGACGCGGAAGAACUACCCGUUCGAGUUUGACCGCGUGUUUAUUCCCGGGACCCAGAACGACGAAAUCUUUGGCGAGAUCUCACAGUUGGUACAGAGCGCCCUUGACGGGUACAAUGUGUGCAUCUUCUGCUACGGCCAAACCGGAUCUGGAAAGACUCACACCAUGUCAUCGCCGGAUGGAAUGAUUCCUCGGGCUACCCACAUGAUCUACGACACCAUCACUAAGCUCAAGGAGAAGUCUUGGGAAUACACCAUGGAGGGCUCAUUCGUGGAGGUGUACAAUGAGGAUCUGAACGACCUCCUCACACCCAAUGACCGUACACCAGAGAAUCGGUCCAGGAAGCUCGAGAUUCGACACGACGAGUCACGCAAGCAGACAGUCAUCCUCAACUGUAAGUCGGUACGGCUCGACAGCCCAUCUAGUGUGGAAACGAUGCUGGAGGAGGCACAGAACAACCGAUCCGUUGCAGCCACCAAGGCCAACGAGCGGUCGUCACGAUCUCACAGUGUCUUUAUCCUCAAGCUAGUGGGUGAGAAUUUCGCAACCGGCGAGCGGUGUGAGGGCACUCUCAACUUGGUUGAUCUUGCGGGAUCCGAGCGCCUCAAGCACUCGCAGGCCGAGGGCGAGCGGAUGAAGGAGACACAAAACAUCAACAAAAGUCUGAGCUGCCUUGGCGAUGUGAUUGAGGCCCUGGGCCGAGGAUCGGGUCAUAUUCCGUACCGCAACUCCAAACUUACGCACCUACUGCAGUACAGCUUGGGAGGAAACAGCAAGACUCUGAUGUUUGUCAUGGUGUCACCGCUAGAGACGCACUUGAAGGAGACGUUGACGAGUCUUCGGUUCGCGACCAAGGUGCACAACACGCAUAUCGGCACGGCCAAGGCCACGAAGAAGAUCAAGGGCGACUCUUAGAACGGUGCCGAGGCCCCUGGCAAAAUGCCGUCUGCCCAAGGUAAACGGAGAUGAUGAGAGGGGAGCGAUGAGCGGUGAUGAAGAAUUUCUGGGAGCUGCAACGUCAAGCCGGAUUUGGUUGCGGCCGGGAUCGAGGGGUGGAAAAUUGGGAUACCUACCCAGGCUAAUGGGCCCAAGGCGGCAUGAGGCAUGUUUCUCUGGCGGGAGUUGGUAUAUGUGGCUUGAAUGCUGUUGAAUGCUGUUGAUGCUCGUCACUUUUGCAGGCGAAUGGAUUGGUUGGUUCUGGACAGGACCAGGGAUGGCUGGAUUCCAUUGGGUUAAUAAACCCCAUGUUGUUGAUUUGCUUUGGAGUUUUGUAUAUCGAUAUGGAAAUGGCUACGAAGCCAUUUCGAUGAGAUACAUUUAUGAGUUGAUGCAUCGACUCCAACAUUUGCGCCA